CAGACAUUUCACCAGUUCAGAAACAGCACCUUGUGCGUCUCGAACAAAUAAGGAUUUUCAACACAACUGUGUUUCAGUCAAAAGAAAUCAUGUGGUUAACGGCCCUUUUGAUUUUGGGAGUUAACCUCGUCUAUGCUGAGCGCCACUCUCUUCAGUAUUUCUAUACUGGUAGUACAGGGAUGGCAGAUUUUCCUCAGUUUGUUGCUUUGGGUAUGGUAGAUGGAAAGCAAAUUGACUAUUAUGAUAGUGUCAUCGGAAAGAAUGUCCUGAAGCAGGCAUGGAUGGAAGGAACCCGGGAUGAGAACAGUAUCACAGAUAUCAGGAGAGGUUAUCAGGCAUCAUUCUCUAACAACGUUCAAAUUCUAAUGGAGCGAUUUAAUCAGACACUUGGUAUUCACUCGUUCCAGCUGAUGUACGGCUGUGAGCUGGAUACUGAUGGCACCACUCGAGGAUACUAUCAGUACGGUUAUGAUGGAGAGGACUUCCUCAGUCUGGAUAAGAGCUCCCUCACCUGGACCGCUGCUAAUCCUCAAGCUGUCAUUACCAAGGUUAAAUGGGAUUCCACCAGAGCAAAGGCAAAUCAAAAUAAAGGCUAUCUGGAGAACAUAUGCAUCGAGUGGCUGCAGAAGUAUGUUGGUUAUGGCAAGGACACUCUGGAGAGAAAAGUCUCUCCUCAGGUGUCUCUGCUGCAGAAGGAUCCCUCGUCUCCAGUCUCGUGUCAUGCUACAGGGUUUUACCCCAGUGAAGUGAAAAUCUCCUGGAUGAAGAAUGGACAAGAUCACGAUGAGGAUGUGGAUCUUGGUGAACUCAUUAUCAAUGAGGACGGGACCUUUCAGAGAGCAAGCACCCUCAAUGUAAAACCUGAAGAGUGGAAGAAGAACAAGUUCAGCUGUGAGGUGGAGCACAAGAGCAAAACCAUCAGAGAGAUCCUGACAGAGGACAAGAUCAAAACUAACUACGCUCCUUUCCCCAUCGGCAUCAUCAUUGGGGUUGCUGUUGCUGUUCUUCUGUUGAUUGUGAUUGGUGUUGUUGGGUAUAAGGUCUAUCAGAAAAAGAAAGGCUUCAAACCUGUCAAUGGCAAGUUUUUCUUCAUCUCUGUUUCAUAGUUAUUAAUAACAGAUGUGGUUUCGAUGUUGUUAAUAGUAAUAUGUUUAUAUUUCUAAAAUUUUGGUCAUGUAAAUUCAAAGAGCAAGUCAAAAAAUAUGUAUAGUUCUACAAUAUUCUUUUUUUAAAUAUAAUUAAUAAAUUGUGUAAUUGUGUGAUGUAUAGCUAUAUUGCCAUGAUGAUUUUAAUUGUUGUAAUUUGUGUUUUCUGUUGUAGGCUCUGAUGAUGGAUCGAACAGCUCAGCUCAUACAGACCCAAAAGCAUAAAGAUGAGACCAGAUGAGUGCGAGAGAUGAAGUAAAACAUGAUGCUUAUCCUGCUGUCCAUCUUGCUUACAACAAACACACACACACACACAGGAUCAUAGUUUUCAGUGAUGGGAUUGGUCUAUAUUAUAGUUCUACAUUAAUUACAUCUGCAAAGUAAAGUUUUUGUUUCAUCACACUUUAUGUUCAUCUUUUGUUUUUCUCUAACUGUAUGAACUUUUUAAUUUUAAGAUUGCAUGUUGAUCUCAGAGCUUAAUUGUAAAACAUACAUAUAUAUUUCUCUUUGGUGACCAAAAGAAACCAAGAAUACAAAUAAUUGAUUUGGAAGUUUGAUUAAUUUGUAGGAUUUGUGAUAUCAGUACAGAUUAUGAAACAAGAGAAACUUACGGAAAAUAAAGACUUUCUAGUCAGUAUAGAAGUUGUCUCUUGUGUGUAUGAGAUGUUUCUAGAGGAAAUGUAAUAUUAAAUAAAUCAGGGCAAUCUCCUGCAAAACUUAAAAUAACUGAAUGAAUUGUGGAAUUGGGCUUUUCCAUCAAUAAAAUUAAACAAUAUGUAGGCUUCAUAUUUUAUUUCUUGUAUGGGAUUAUUUGGCUUUUUCUGUUUGUAUACUUUUUUCUUUUUGUUUCACAUAAUUUAGAUGAUAAGUUGUACUACAGAAAAAUACUGAUUAUUGUAAUGUUUAAGAUACUAUUAAACCUUUACAUGAACAUCUGUACAGUACAGUAAAUAUAGAGAUUUUCCUUGAUUUGAGGUUACUAAAUCUAAAUUAAGUUUUUAUGAAUAUUUUUUGUAUAUUGGUUGCCUUCAAAACAUUGUAAUCUUACUGUGAUUCUUUAAAAAUAAAUAAAUCUUACAAAAAGGG